UCUCUGAUUUAAUCAAAUGUUUUUUCUUUAUUUCAGCUGCCCCUCUCAUUACUUAAGACAGCGCAGAAUCACCCAAUGCUUGUGGAGCUGAAGAAUGGAGAAACAUACAAUGGUCAUCUGGUCAGCUGUGACAACUGGAUGAAUAUCAACCUGCGGGAGGUCAUUUGUACAUCCAGGGACGGGGAUAAGUUCUGGAAGAUGCCGGAAUGUUACAUUCGUGGCAGCACCAUCAAGUAUCUCCGCAUCCCAGAUGAAAUCAUCGACAUGGUGAAAGAGGAGGUACUGUCGAAGGGCCGAGGACGUGGCAUUCAGCAACAGAAGCAACAGCAACAACAGAAAGGCCGGGGUGCAGGUGGCGCAGCUGGCAGAGGUGUGUUUGGUGGGCGUGGACGUGGAGUGGCCGGAGUAAACAGAGGACAAGAGAAGAAACCAGGAAAGUUAUCAGGACUGAAAAAACCAUGAAAGAAAUCGUGUGUUUGUUUAUGCGUGCGUGUGUCAGAUUCCGACUGUUUGUUUUCUGUACAGGUUGUGUAAAUGAGUCACAUUCACGUUGUGUUUAAUUAGAUGUUUUGUAAAAUAUAAAUAGAUUUUGUCGGAGAGAAAUAAAAAAAAUCAUUUGA